GGCGGAUAAACAAUCGUUUGAAGGGGAGCUUACAAAGAAGCGGAUCGGCGGCGUUACGGGAAAACGCGAACAAGGACGGGAUGUUGCUGACUAACGGCCCAGGUGGCGGGGGCGGAGGCGGAUAUAAUAAUGCGCCCAAUGGGCAAUCCUAUGGCAACUAUGGGAACGGGAAUGGAUCCGGGGGCGGAGCAGGCAGCGACGGAGGCGGGGGACGAAAUAGCGUCUGCUAUAACUGUGGGAAAACCGGGCAUUUCGCCUGGGACUGUUGGUCGAGGAGAGGGAGAGGAUACGGAGCACAGCAGGGUGACCCCGAACUGGAGGAGAUGAAGGAACAUUUUAGACAACUGAGGAGAGAGAGACAGGAGCUAAAGGAGAAACGCAAGCUGGAAGAAGAACGGAAGGCCAGGGAGGAAGAUGAGUUGCGGAGGAACCAGGAUUUUGCGAGGAAAGCAGAGGAGUUUAAAAUGCAACUUCACGCAGAACUACUGGAGGAAUGGAGGAGGAUCAACACCGAAGUGAAGGAGGCGGUGGGAAAAACCAGAAGAUCAACGAAGAAGCACACGUGUAAGAGCGGCGGCGGGACCAAACGUAAGGGGAGGCGGUACUCAAAGAAGAAGAGAAAGGAGGAGAUUCCUAGCGAGGAGAUGGAAUCGGACGAUACUUCCGACGAAGACAGGAAUGUAACUAGACCUGCCAAAGCCAGUAACACAGUUACGAUGGCCAAAGCGGUGCUAGCGGCAACCAGACAUUUGAAGGUGAAGGAAACACCGAUGGUAGACUCAAGUGAGAUAUGGAUUACAGAGCAAGGCUCAAGUACGACGUGGAAGGAUGAUGAGGUUCUGAGUUGGAAGAGGCGGUUUGACGGCCUGGUACUCUCUCCGAUAGAUCGUAAUCAAGGAGACACAGCGGUGAUGUGCCCGAUACUCUAUCGACAUGGGUUUGGGAAGACUUUAACCUGGAACACAAACUAUGAAACGAAGGCGACUGCCGAGGAGGAGGUCCUCAGGGAGAGCAGAGAAGAUUUUAAGAAGAGUGGAUUACCUGCAAUCGGGAGCUGGAGGUCUGACGGACGCCUGGGGACGGCAUACGUGAUCCCGAAGCAUAAGGAUCUGACACGAUGGAGACCAAUAGCGACCGCACCGGUUGAUCCAGCUGCCAUGACACAACGGAGAUUGGCACGCGCUCUACAUCAGAUGCUGAAACGGUUACCGGCGAACAACACAUUCUACUUGAACUCCAUCUCGGAACUAACAGAGAGACUCGCAGGAACUGCAGUACGUUUUAGAGCCGCGGGGUGCGACCAAGCUAUCGAGAGGUGUUAUGAUAUCAAAGACAUGUUCUCGCGGAUCCUGCACGAAGCUGUGAUUCAAGCGGUACACCAGCUUCUCAGGAUCUAUGACAACAAGGGAAGUAAGCAGGUCAGAGUGUCUCGGAGGGGGAGAAACUGUGUUAUUCGUGAUAACAAGAGAUAGACGGACGGUUAUGUUAGCUUGCCACCGAAGCU